CACGAACAGUCAGUUCGUAGCGGCGCGUCCCCGGCGCAGGUCGCUGAACAAUGGUUGCGGUGUUACCUCGCGUAUCUCGGCCAAACGCCGUUACGUUGUGUCACAAUGGAUUCGCGGUUCUCUGGCUGCUCGCCGUUUUACUGGUGUCCCGUGUUAACUGCGAGGAGUCGUUGUCGAAUCGGAUGCGUGGCAUCAGCCAGGACCUCGACCGGCAGCUGAACGUGAUAAUGGCAUCGCAGGCGUUGAACUACACGACGGUGAACACGUACGGGCUGCCCUACAACGCCACCACGAAGUUCGACCCCAAGGGCAUGGGACAGCUGUACAACGUGACGAACAUGUUCAUCGACUUCGUGCAGAACAAGCAGGCGUAUCCCGAGGGUAUGUUCACCGUCGUGGAUAGAGUUCCAAAGUUCCAAUACAGUCUGGCUCAGUGGAAGAUCGUCGUGACGCAUUAUGGUGGAUUAGCCGGCCUAGCCUUCGUCGGAGUUCUCCUGGCCGCGAUUUUACCCUGCGUUGGCCUCUUCUUCUGCUGCUGCCGAUGCGCCGGCCACUGCGGCGCCAGAAGCCAACCGUUUGACAAAAAGCACGAUCACUGCCGGAAAGUGAUACUAAGCAUGGUGCUGAUCGCCGUCGCCACUAUUAUACUAUUUGGCGUGGUCUGCGCGUUCGUCACGAACGAGUAUAUGCAAGACGGGACCAAAGACCUGCCCAACAACGUUAAGGCCAGUCUGAACGACGUGAAACUUUACUUAAACACGACCAAGUCCGAGAUCCUGGCCCUCCUCCAGACGAACUUUGACGAGCUCGAGAUCAACCUGAACAACAUUCUUCAGGCGAGCGGCAGGAGCGUCACCGAGCAGCUCGCGGUUUAUUCGCAUGCGGUUUCGUUGACCAAUCUAAGCGACAUCGUGACCGGAUUGAAGUCCGUCCAGGAAGAUCUCAAGACCAUGCACACGAUCACCAGGGAAUUGAGGACGAACGCUAGCAUAUUGGAAAUCAACAUACGGAAAAUUAAGCUGAAUCUUAUGAUUGUGCUGAACGAUUGUAGCGCUCAUAAUCAACGCUGCAAACAGGUGCAGAACGAGUACGUGAAUCAGAUGAUGAUGCAAGUUGAGUUCGACAAGUACAUGGAUCGAUACUUCCCGAAGCUUCAGUCUCUGCCGAACGUCACGUCCGCGUUGGACAACAUCUCGAACCUGAUGAAGGACAACAUCGUGUCGGAGGUCGGCAAGGGCAAGGAAGAGUUCCAGAAGAUACAGGACGACAUCCAGCACGCCGUAAAUCAGACCAUACCCGUAGUCAGCGCGAGCAUAAGGAACGUGGGCCACUUCCUGAUCCAGCAGGCUCAGAGCAUGAUGAUGCUCGUCGAUAGAAUAAACGGCGACAUCGACAAAUUGAUAAAACACUUGAACGUCGCUCAAACGCACAUUGAUCAAUAUUCGCCAUACAGGUACUACUUGGGCCUUGGAAUAUCAGCGAUACUACUGAUCGUUUUGAUGUGUCUAACAUUCGGUUUGUUCUGUGGCAUUUGCGGAAAACGUCCCGAUGGAUACGGAGAUGAUUGCUGUAACAAAGGAUCCGGGGCACGGUUCCUCAUGAUGGCUGUUUGGAUCAUCUUCCUCUUAACGAGUGUCCUGAUGGUGAUCACCGUCGUUCACAUGGUUACCGGUGUUCUGGUUCAGAGGGCCAUCUGCGAGCCGCUGAAGAAUCCGCAAGAUAACAGGAUGUUUGCAUUGGUCGACGAGGUUGUACAAGUCAAACAGCUGUUGUAUCCAAACAAUUCCAAAGCGGACAUCAACAUGAGUUACAUAGUCACAGAAUGUCACUGGAACAGAACGCUGUAUGAAGUUCUGAAACUGAAGUAUUUGUUCGACGUGACCUCGUUGCACGAUUACCGCGGCCGCUACGAUAUCAAUGAUACCAUUCAACAACUGCAACGGAAAAUCAGUUUGUCGCCGGGUGUGAUAAUCCUCACGGAUACCGCCAAGAAGAAAUUGAACGAGCUCGCUGAGAGCGGCUUGAGCGACAUCAAGUUCUAUCAAUACAUAGACGUUCUCAAGGACAACAUCACGAACAUUAAUUUAGAACACCUGGCGAAACAAUUGAGGGACAUAGCGACUGAAUUGCCUACAGGCGAUAUACAGGACAGAUUAAACGAGAGUUCGAUGAAUCUCGAGAGCUAUCAUAGAGAUCUGAUCAGGCCUAUGACGAUGCUUAGCGAGCAAUUAGUGACGAAGGCCGAGGCGCUAGAGGAGAAGAUCAAGUUUAAUCAUACUUCAAUGGCUGAGGCUAUCCACCAUCUCGUCGAAGAAGUGACGAAGGCGCAGGACAUUCUGAACACCGACGGGCCGGAAUACGUAAAAGAACUGGCGACCAACUUUGGAAACGCUUUCCUUCUUCAAGUCGACGGCUACCUUGAGCGUGUCACCGACAGUGCGUUGCACACGGUUGGUCGAUGUGGUCCUGUGUCGAACGCGUAUAAUGCAACGCUCGUCGCUGGUUGCAACAGGAUUCUAGAUCCGUUUAACGGCUUCUGGGCGAGCGUCGGCUGGUGCUUGGUCCUCUUCAUCCCGACUAUAAUCUUGUGCGUGAAACUGAGUGCUCUCUACCAGAAAUCGGAUCCUUACCCGGGGCCUCUAGUCGAAGCCGAAUAUUUGUAUGACGCGUACGCAGACAGGGAUAACAUACCCCUUACUCACGUGCACGACAAGAAAUACGUGUCACACAGCAGAGACCCGUACGCGAAGUACGAGAGCUACGACGGCCCGGCCGGCGGCUACAGCGAACGGGAACGAGUACCGGAAGCGCAUCAGAGUACGUCCCACUACCAUCACUAUUCCAGAUAUUCCGACGUAGCGCCGAAUUCCACCCCCACGUGGCGAAGCCACGAAAUUACCGCCCCCUCCAAAACAGAACCUCAAAGUAAAGUCUUUAGCAUAUCGGUAGACACGCAAAACUGCGACUUCCCUAAUGGCGGUCCUCCCGGUUACCAUCCAGCCGCCGCGGCUCCGCCACCGCUGAGCACGGAAUACGAGCGGCCACCUCCCUAUUACUAUUAUCCUGGCCCAGGGGACACUAAUUAGGAAACAAGUGCCGUGGCAUGCACGAAGCUAGCGUUGACUAGCGUCGCUACCCAUAGUCUCACCCGCAGUUACAAAAGGACGCUAAGGAAGAAAGGGAGAUCCGGAUGCAAGCGGGACUACGUCUAAUCGGCGGCGUUCCUUGUUUCUCGGCGUGCCACGGACUGAGCAUGCGAAACGGCGAGAUCGAACGUAUAUGUAUUACGAGAAACAAAAUCGAGUUUCGUGCAGACGCAGACUGAGGUAGGCUACGAAUGAUACGAAAACGGAAAUUAUAAACGGCGUGAUCGGUACGUGUGCGAUAACAAUUAUUAUUAUUAUUAUUAUUAUUAUUAUUAUUAUUAUUAUUUCGUUGAUUAAGUAUUAUUUUUCUAGACUUAUUUGUUGCGAAUCGAAUUGAUUAUUUGUUUCGUUUCUCUCGUCCCGUGAUCUUCGCAAUUCCUUUUGAUUAUUUAGUUCAUUAUUUGUUUUUCCUUUUUAAGUGUAAGACGUACACUCGUGCGAAUGUUAAUCGUUGGACAAUUUAAGAUUCUUUUAAUACGACUGAUACAAUUAAUAUUAUUUACCACCGUUUCCUUUUUUUAUCCGAGUUCAACGUUUCUUCCAUCGUACGCCAUCGGCUCCUUUUUGUAUUCUCACUCGUCUCCGAGAUAAUCGCCGUUAACGGGGGAAUCUUUGUGCGUUGUAAUUCUCGGGGACGAGGCAAUUAGUUCGAUAGCGAGGGAAGUUUCUCUUUGAGACCUUUUGAGUUUCCGCCUGGCGUUCGGUUCCUACAGGACUCGGGAACGAUUACGUUAACCGCUUGACAAGAAAUCGUUGGACAGAGCUUUUUCGAGCUCCUCUGCCGAAGAUAGUAUUAACGAAUUGUUUGAUCGAUCGUGCCUAGCCCUCGUCGACUCACUGGCGUACGCUUCUCUUUUCCAUCGAGGCACAAGAGAUGUAUCCCUCGACUACGUGUACAUAAAGCCGCUUGUAUCUUAUUAUUAUCAAUUAUCACUCGAACUGCCUACCAAUCAAGAAUAAAUAAAUCAACUGCACAGAUCGACUAUGCGAAUGAUUGAGCCAUCGCUCAAUGCUCCGAAUGUAUUUACCAUCGAACAUAAGCCAAUUUAGUUGAUUUAAUCUCAGAUAUUAUUUAAACUGAGAAAUUAUAGUCUAUUUGUGAAGAUGCUUGAAAUUCCCUUCUUAUUAAUAAUACGGUGUUCGAUUCGAAGGAGUGACGUUGAGCUGAAGCAUGCCACGGUUUUAUUACAAGCUUCGAUGUUAACGAUUCGUGCAUACAAUUCCGUUGAACACUGCCAGUCUUGGACGAAUCAUUAAUUCCGUAUAAUUUAUAGAAUGCGUUUAAACAGCACCGAUUUUCGUAAUCGGUUGCGAAAGAGAGAGAGAGAGAGUGAGAGAGAUAAGAGAAGUGAAGAAGAAGAUCGUUGGCCACGAUUCUUCGGCAUCUCGAGCAGCGAACAACGCCAUAUUUAAAUGCCAAACGACAUUCUUCAACGGUGGAUCGCGAGGCGUCCGACACAAAAGGCGUUUCCGGCUCGAACCUCGCAAUCCACUCGUCCUCGAUCUUGCUGGGUCGUUCAUAGAUUUAAGAGUGGAAUCAGAGACGGUCUCGAGGCCUGAUUUUGAAGCCCCGCCAAGCCGUGGGCAAAGGUUUACUACCUACCCGGGGCCCGAGUGCUCCAUCUCUGAAGAACAACUUCACGAAUUUCUAUUCGCGUUUUCUCGAAUCGAAAUUCGCCUCACUAUUCGACGCCUGUGAAAGUUCCUGAGGAUUUAUAGUCGAGAAUUUAUUCUCCGUCUCGGAUAUUUCAGUAUUCCGUAGGUUUAAGGUUUCAUUUGCGAAUCCUCACGUUUAGUUAAAUUCAUUUCUCCUAAAUAAGACACUUGAAUUAAUCGUCGAACACGUCUUUCAUGGAUUCCAGUGCGUCUCAAAUCAAAAUCUUGCAAAACCCUGAACUUCAUAAAUGGCAAUCAUUGUUGACUCACCCAGUUAUUAACGCCAAUAUAAAUGGCAAUUAUUAUUGACUCACUCCAGUUAUUAACGCCAGUUUACUUUAAUUCGAAUCUUGCAUUAUGAAUCCACACGAAUCUUCACCGGCAACACUUGUACAUGAUUCUUUAAGUAGUCGUUUUUUCUUACUAAUUAAACUUAAUCGUGUAAUUUACCGAUCUAAACUCUUAGAGGGACGUUCGCUCCUCGCAUUUGGACGAACGCGAAGGUGCAGAUGUCUCGUUAAGCGCAUGCAACAUCCGUACGGUACUUUUACAGUUAAUCAUUUGUGAGCCUCUAAGGGAGAAUUGCUUUCGGUCUAGAUGGACUCCUUCGUCGUUAGUUAGGGCGACGGUGAGACCGUGCCCUGAAAUGAAAGUCUUUAAAUCUAUUGUAAGCUUAAUAAACAGAAAUCCUUUGCAGUUCGGUAGCUAAUGUAAGUCUCGUUUUCUUUUACUAAUACAACUCUUCUAUUUUAUUGUAUUUGUAUAAUAAAAAUGUGAUACGGUUUCUGAAUUUUUUUGUAGCAAAAUUUGAAAAAUGUAUCCAACCAGCACGUUUUAUUAAUAGUGAUAUUCGUAAUUAGUGAUAGUUAAGUUAAUUAGGGGACUGCAAAGUGUUGAGCGAGUUAAACGUUUCAAGUCUCUAGACAGUUUAGGAAUUGAAAUACCGAUUGUUGUGAUUUCAACUCGACUUAUAACGGUCGAUGAAUCUCUUUCAUUCGUAGGAUCCGAAGUCUAAGUGUUCUCGUUACUGUGCCGGGAUGUUGCAUCAAGUAGAGAGAAAAGAAAAGCUGUUUCACACGACUUUUAAACGUUUCGAACACUAAUACGGUAGAUAACGCCGCCCAUGCUGAUCGUCAGCAAAUUGCCAAAAAACAAAUGAGAAAAAAACGCAAAAAAAAAAA